ACUACCCAAACAAGUGGACGGCGGCCUUUUUCAGAUCUUAUCCAUCCAACCAAAACCCGGUUUCUUGAGUCCUUCGAUGCCACAGCUGUUCGGGCGCAAUAAUUCAAAUUACAGUUUAAUCCGCCGCGAAAAUGGAGCUCCAUGGGCACAGAGGUUCAAACCCUAAAGCGGCGCUUUCUUCAAUCUUAAACAAGAAGCAGAAGCUUCAAGAAGAGCUCCGGAAGGUUGAGAAACAGGUAUAUGACUUAGAGACAAGUUAUCUGCAAGAAAGUGGAACCUUUGGGAAUGCAUUAAGAGGCUUUGAAGGGUUUCUAUCUUCCUCAAAUAAAAAUUCAAACCUGAAGAGAUCAAGAAAAUUUCAACUUGAAGAUAGAUUAUUUUCGCUCUCCUCAGUGACUUCACCUGCGGCUGAAGAACUUGGACUGAGACGAGAAGAUGGAAAACUGGAUCACAGCCAAGGUCGUUCCAAGGCUGGAGGCAUAACAAUAAAUGGACCGUAAGUGCAUCAUUCAUUCAUUCGUGAAUAUCUCGAAUUACAUAUUACUUGGAAAUAUUACAGCCCCCCAAGCAUGCCCCCACACUUCUUUCCUUCAUGCUUUCAGUGGCAUAAGCAUGUUGCCUAUGCCUGAACAAAAAGGAGUUGGGGGC